AUGGCCACCUACACAGAACACGAAGUUACCUAUGCUGGCGGCAAGAAAAUCCACUACUUAGCAGCUGGUCCAGUCAACGGCCCUCUAGUCCUGUUCAUCCAUGGCUGGCCUGCUACUGCCAUCACCUGGAGACACCAGCUCGAUGCAUUCGCUGCGGUAGGCUUCAGAGCCGUUGCCCCCGACAUGCCCGGCUACGGGCAGUCCACCUCCCGGCGCUUGCUGGACGAUUACUGCCAGGAAGCGCUCGUGGAGGGAAUGAUGGCUCUCCUGGCCGAUACUGGCCGCAAAGCAGCUGUCUGGGUCGGACAUGACUGGGGCUCUGGGGUGACGUCCUCCGUGGCAAUUCAACAUCCCGAAACAGUGAAAGCCCUCGUGAGCAUCUGCGUUCCAUACUCGACACUCGAGCUCGGCUGGGACCAGUUUCUGCCACUGGUGAACCGGGACAUCUAUCCUGAGGAUGAAUACGAAUUCGGCCAAUGGGAUUACAUGAGGCGGUACGAAGAGGAAUUCGAAGAGGCUGUCGCAUGGUGUAACAAAGAUAUUGCGGGAUACUGCAAUGCUUUGAUGCAGAAGCCCGGUGCGCGGCCAGAUCGUACGCUUCCGGCGCAUACUGCUAAAGUACGCCGCGAGGGACCGCUGGGUGGACGGGAGAAGCCUCCUAGCGUCGACAUGACCGGCCCUCCGAUGCUUCCAGCUGAAGUGUGGGAUUCGUUCAUCAAGGACAUGGAGCGGACUGGGUUCUGGACCGGGUGUGCGUACUACAUGCAUCAUCAGCGAAAUGCGGAAUACAAUGGGAAGAAGGAUAGAAGGUUGAAGCAGCCCGUACUCUUCGUCCAUGCGACCUGGGAUCUUGUAUGCGAUACCAAAACGUCCCGUCUGAUAGAGCCUAUGCGAGAGGCUUGCUCAGAUUUGACGGAGGUCACUCUCGAUGCGUCUCAUUGGGUGCCUUUUGAAAAGCCCCGGGAGCUUAAUGCUGCUUUGUUUAGGUUCAUAGUCAACUCUCUACCGAGCGAGUGGCCGGGAUUUUGGGACAGUGGAUACACCACGCGCAAAUCUGAUCUGUAG